AUUGGAAGCAUCGUUUUCUAUAUAGACCAAGCAUUUUCUCAGUAUACAGAUGGAAAGAACUUUGUAUUCAGUUCAGUCUUUUCCUUUUCCAGUAAAAAGAAAGGAAAGUGUUACUACGGCGAUGUCUCUAAGCAAAGACCUUAUCUUCUUGAUCUUACAGUUCUGUAAUGAGGAAAACCUCAAGAGGACUGCUCACAUGCUUGAGCAGGAGACGGGUUAUUUCUUCGACAUGAAAUAUUUUGAAGACCUGGUGCUGAAUGGGAACUGGGAGGAGUCUGAGAAAUAUCUUUUGAGUUUCACAGGAGUUGAAGACAACAAGUACUCGACAAAGAUUUAUUUUGAGAUUAGGAAGCAAAAGUUUCUCGAGGCACUGGACAAGCAUGAUCAUGCAGUGGCUUUAGACAUCCUUCGCAAAGAUCUCAAAGUUUUUGCCCAAUCAAACAAAGAACUCUACAAAGAAAUCACUCAGCUUCUUACAUUAGAUGACUUCAGGGAGCAUGGUUCACUCUCCUCAUAUGGAGAUACAAUGUCUGCUAGAAAACAGAUGAUGAACGAACUCACCAUCGUCAUUGAGGCAAAUCCCCUUCUCCGGGGAAGAACAAAAUUCCCUCAAAUUAAUAAGUCGAGGUUAAGACGUUUGAUCAACCAGAGUUUGAACUGGCAGCACCUUCAUUGUACACAUCCUCAUCCGCAGCCUCAUAUUGACACUCUAUUUACGGAUCAUAAGUGUCCAGGACCAGAUCAUUUACAUUUACAGGAUCAAUUAAAUGAGGGAAAUCCGUCGCCCUCCACACCCAUGCCAGAGUCUAUAUUACCUGUCUCAGCCAAGCCAACUUGUAAUUCAUCCACAGUGACGGAAUCUGCAAUUUCUGAUGGAACCAUGAAUCUUAGAAAUCUAACCAACCAAGCAGAAUCUCUGGAUGGGAAUACAGAUUUUGGUGAUACCUCUAAGAUAAGGUCUACGGUGACUUUGAAUGAGGUAGUGUCACCCAUAAAGGAAACACCUUAUGACGUUCCUGCGACUGUUGAACGAGUUUUAGAUAUGGGCUCUUCUCCAUCCAGCAUAGAUUUUCACCCUGUUCAACAGACUCUUCUAUUAGUUGGAAAUAAUACCGGAGGCAUAGAACUGUGGAAUGUUACUUCGGCAAAGAAGUUGUUCACGAGGCAAUUUAUGGUUUGGGAAGUAAAAACAAUCUCGGCAAUGUUUUUGGAGGAUAUGGUGAAUAACCCACACAUUUCUGUCAAUCGUAUUCUGUGGAGCCCAGAUGGAUUACUAUUUGGCAUUGCGUACUCCAAAAAUCUAGUGCAGUUAUAUUCUUACCACUAUAGCGAAAAUUACACUGAAAAACAUUUGGAGAUUGAUGCACAUGAUGGCAGUGUAAAUGAUCUGGCAUUCGCUAAACCAUACAACAAACUUGUUGCCAUAAGCUGCGGUGAUGAUAAGUUGAUUCAGGUGUGGGAUACUGUGACUGGUGCCAAACAGUUUACGUUUGAAGGUCAUGGAGCUCCUGUAUACUCUUUAUGCCCUCAUGAGAACGAAAAUAUUCAUUUCGUGUUUUCGAUAUCAACAAGUGGUCAGAUGAAAGCAUGGUUGUUUGACAAUAUGGGAUCAAGGAUUACAUAUGCUGCUCCUGGUUUAUGUCCCACGAGAAUGUCUUAUAGUACUGAUGGUAAAAGGCUUUUCUCAUGUGGGACUAAUAAAGAUGGAGGGUCGUAUUUAGUUGAAUGGAAUCAGAGUGAAGGUUUUGUUAUGAGGAACUACCGCGGACUUUGUCAACUUGCAUCAGGGCAGGUUCAAUUUGAUACAAGCAAUAAUAAGUUCUUAGCCGCUGGUGAUGAGCAUGUGAUCAAAGUUUGGGACAUGGACAAUGCAGAUAUUUUGGCAGUCAUUGAUGCAGAUGGAGGUUUACCAGCAAGCCCAUAUAUUUGCUUCAACAAGGAAGGCACUCUAUUGGCUGUUUUCUCAGAUCACAAUAGAAUCAAAAUCUUGGCCAACCAUCGUGGCCAUCAGUUGCUUCAAACUUUUACCUUUGUUUCCAGUGAUUCCUCUGAAUUCCUAUCGAAGUCCUCGAAAAAGCUUGCUGUUGAUUCGAUUCCUCUUCCUGCUAAAACUAGAAUCGCACAAGGAGAUGUCCCUGUGGCAAGUGGUCCUCAAAGAGACAAAGCUCCAGGUAAUUUGGAAAAUGAAAAGUCUGUGGAGCAGGGUAACAAAUUGGAGAUGCAGAACAUUUCUAAAAUCGUCGAGGUCUCACGUUGUCGUUCCUUGCAACUCACUUCCAAAGUCGAGACAAAAAAGAUUCGGAGGUUGUUAUACACUCAUGCAGGUAAUGGCAUUUUGGCAUUGGCAGAAGAUGGGAUUCAUCUACUUUGGAGGUGGUCAAAAAAUGAUUCUAAUUUGAGCGGAAAGGCAACUACAAAGUGUGUCCCUCAACUGUGGCAACCAAAGAGUGGGUUGCUGAUGAUCAAUGACCUUCCCGAAAGUAACAUCGACUUAGUCUCACCGUGCUUUUGUUUGUCCAAGAAUGAUUCUUAUGUUGUCUCAGCAUCUGGAAAGAUGGUUUCUUUGUUCAACAUGUUGAUUUUUAAGAGAAUGAGAAGUUUCAUGCAAUCCCCACCUGCAGCAACAUGUAUUGUUUUCUAUCCGCCUGAUAACAACAUAAUCGCUAUUGGUAUGGAUGAUUCAACAAUUCUCAUCUAUAAUGUCCGUGUGGACGAGUUGACAAAUAAGCUUAAGGGCCAUUCUAAGAGAAUUAGCAGCCUUUCUUUCUCAACCGUGUUAAAUGUACUUGUCUCUUCUGGAUUGGAUGCUCAGAUUGUUGUAUGGGAUUCAAUCACGUGGGAGAAAAAGAACAACACAUUUUUAGAGAUUUCCUCCGGUUGGUUACCUUCAGAACUAUCGGAGACUCAUGUCCAAUUUGACAAGGAUGAAAGACACUUUCUUGCUGUACAUGAGACUCAACUUGCAAUAUACGAAACAACAAAACUACAGUGUGUUAAGCAGUGGGUCGUUGGAAACUUCUGUGCACGGAUUGCCCAUGCUGCAUUUUCUUGUGAUGCUGAAUUGUUAUACACUGUCAUGAGGGAUGGAAUUGUUCUGAUACUCGGUGCUUCAGAUCUCGUUCCAAGAUUUGAGAUUGAUCCCUCUGCUUACCUUCCACAGCAUAUCAGAACUCGUGUAUAUCCACUGGUGGUUGCCGCUCAUCCACAAAAGGCAAACCAGUUUGCCUUAGGGUUAUCGGAUGGUGGAGUCGUCAUCAUUGAACCCAUGGAAUCUGAAAGUACAUGGACUGCGCCCCUCCAGAUCGAAAAUUGAGGGCAUGUUUGGUAGGCUGGAUUAGACAAUAUUGGACAGGUUUAGCGAGAGAAAAAAGGUACUUGCACCGAACACGUCUGAAGAUAUCAAGAAAUUGAGCAUGCAUUCAAGAACUGGUUGUGUAGACACAAACGUUGGAGUUGGUGAGAAAAAAUGGUAUAAAGAGAUUUGAGUUUGGAUAGAUUCAAAUUCAACUGUUUUGCUGUAAUGGAAUGCAUUUUGAGCCU